ACCCCCGGCGCCUCAUAGGGGAGCGCGCUUGUUACGCCUGCGCCCUCGCGGGCUGGGCGGGGGAGGGGGCUUAUUAGCUCCCGUCCCGGCUUCUGGUCCCCCCCCCUUUUUUCUUUCCCCCUUCCAGUUUAUGCUUUUGGCGCCUUGGAGAUGGCGGCGAGGAGGCAGGAGAAGAAGGAAGAGGCGGCUGAAGUGACUCUGGAAGAGCUGAUGGAGAGGAGUUUCUUCGAGGACCCGCCUCCGCCGCCGAGAUUCCCAAAGAAAAUAGUUGGCUUUUCGGAUACAGUACUCAGCAAGGGCCUGAACAACAGAUACUGCGUGUUACAUGUCCAGGAAAAUGGUGCUCUGGAGAAACACCUGACAAUUACAGCUUCUUCUUCACUUGAUGAUUUGGAUACAGAGCUGUGCAUCCUAAGACAUGACUGGAUUUCUGUUCCAGUGCAGCCUGGAGAUAUCAUUCAUCUAGAAGGAGAGUGCAACACGGGUGUUUGGAUAAUAGAUGCAGAUGGAGGAUAUUUGAUUCUGUAUCCAGAUGUAUUAGUCUCUGGCACUACUGUAUCAAAUAGCAUUCGGUGUAUGAGGAAAGCUAUACUGAGUGAAAAGUUCAAAGGAUGUGAGCCUGGUUUGCGUCCAAUGCUAAUAGGUACGAUCCUUCAUGAAAUUUUCCAAAAAGCAGGAACAAAUUUUACACAAGAGAAAUUGCAAGAAAUUGCCUUCUCAGUAAUUCAUGGACCAAAGUAUCUAAAAGAGCUGUACCAAUUAAAUCUGAAAGAGAAUGAUAUAAUGCAAGAGAUAGAAGAGUACUUUCACUCUUUCAUUAAAUGGGCGGAAGAGUUCAUAUACAAAGAAAACCAUGUUUGCCAGCAUAACAUGCAGAUAAAAUGGCCAGGGGAUGAAAAAGAUGACUCCUGGUGCACAGUCAAAGUUACAGAAAUCCUGGAUGUUGAGGAGAACAUUUGGUGCCCCAGGUUUGGCUUAAAGGGUAAAAUUGAUGUUACAGCUGGCGUAACAAUUCACCGCAGAUCUACAACUCAGUCCAAGAUAAUGCCUCUGGAGCUUAAAAGUGGCAAGGAAUCUAACUCUAUAGAACACAGAAGUCAGGUGGUUUUGUACUCCCUGUUGUGCCAAGGAAGACGAGCUGAUCCUGAAGCUGGAUUCCUCCUUUACCUUAAAACUGGGAAUAUGUUUCCUGUACCUGGAAAUCGUAUGGAUAGGAGAGAACUGAUCAAACUAAGAAAUGAAUUGGCCUUCUAUUUGCUUCACACCGUAUGCAAAUCUGACACUGGGAAGGAGCGGACACAGCUUGCAUCUUUGCCUCCUCUGAUUAAUGACAGUAAGGUGUGCAGCUAUUGCUCUCAGAAGCAGAACUGUGCACUUUAUAGCAGGGCUGUGGAACAGCAGCAAAAUCGCUUUAUUUCUCCGGAUGUGCUUGCUGCUGUUGAAAAUGAGACCCAGCAUCUGAAGCCCUCGCACCUGGAGUAUUUCCAUCUCUGGUAUCUGAUGCUAACCUUGGAGUCACAAUAUAAAGAUGGAAAGAAGGGCUGCAGAAACAUAUGGAUGAUACCUGCUGCAGAAAGGGAGAAACACGGAGACUGCAUUGGAAACAUGAUCAGGGUGGAGUGCGUGCAGAAGGUGUCCGAUGGACUGUAUUUACACUGUUUCCAGCGUAAAAAGGGUUCUGCGCCUGCAACAACUCUGAUGAUAGGAGACAGGGUUGUUGUGAGUGGUGAAGCGGACAGCACUUUGCUUGGCUUGGCAAUUGGUUAUGUGCAACAGGUCAACGGCUCCAAAAUCUCUUGCUUAUUGGAUAGGAACUUGUCACGUAUCCCGGAAGACACUAUAUUUAGGUUAGACCAUGAAGAAGGAGCUUUUGGCACAGAUGCUCCAUUGGGAAACCUUUCUAAAUUGAUGGGAAAUUCUCCUGCAAGUGAAAGGCUUCGUAAUUUAAUAAUAGACUUUCAGAAACCACAGUUCAUCCAACAUUUGAGCUCUGUCCUUCCUCCAGAAGCAAAGGAAACUGUUGCGAACAUUCUAAAAGGCCUUAAUAAACCCCAGAAACAAGCAAUGAAACAAGUGCUGCUUUCAAAGGAUUACACACUCAUUGUCGGGAUGCCUGGGACAGGAAAGACCACCACAAUAUGUGCUCUGGUCCGAAUUCUUUAUGCUUGUGGCUUCAGUGUUCUCUUAACUAGCUUUACUCACACUGCAGUUGACAAUAUCCUUCUGAAGCUGGCAAAGUUCAAAGUAGGCUUUCUGCGACUGGGUAGAGUUCAGAAGGUUCAUCCGGCCAUUCAGAAGUUCACAGAGGAAGAGAUCUGCAGAUCCAAAUGUAUUAAGACUGUAGCUGACUUGGAGGAGCUGUAUCGUUGUCAACCUGUGGUUGCCACAACAUGCAUGGGAAUAAAGCAUCCAAUUUUCACUCGUAAACAAUUUGACUUCUGCAUAGUGGAUGAGGCUUCUCAAAUAAGCCAGCCGAUCUGCCUGGGUCCACUCUUCUAUUCACUUCGGUUUGUGCUAGUGGGGGACCAUCAGCAGCUACCUCCACUUGUGCAAAAUGCGGAAGCAAGAGAUCUUGGCAUGGGCGAAAGUUUAUUCAAAAGACUGGAACAAAACAAGAAUGCCAUUGUUCAGCUGACCGUACAGUACCGAAUGAACAGUAAAAUUAUGUCACUGAGCAACAACCUGGUAUAUAAUGGCAAACUGGAAUGCGGCUCUGAGAAGGUGUCCAAAGCCAUAGUUGACUUGCCAAAUUUAAAAGACUUGAAAUUGGAGCAGAAGUUUUCUUCAGAAACAUGGCUAAAGGAAACACUUGAUCCAAACAACCCUGUUUGUUUCCUUAACACAGAAAAGGUUCCAGCGCCAGAACUUACAGAAAAAGGUGGAGUAAGUAACAUGACGGAAGCCAGACUGGUUCUCUUCCUGACAUCCAUGUUUAUCAAGGCUGGUUGCAAGCCCUCAGAUAUUGGGGUCAUAUCUCCAUACAGACAUCAGUUAAAGAUAAUCACAGACUUGAUGACAAGUUCAUUUAUCAAGAAUGUAGAAGUAAAUACUGUGGACAAGUACCAAGGAAGAGACAAAAGUAUCAUCAUAGUGUCCUUUGUAAGGAAUAAUGCCGAUGGAAAUCUUGGAGAACUUCUGAAGGACUGGAGACGUCUCAAUGUUGCUAUUACAAGAGCAAAACACAAAUUAAUCAUGCUGGGUUGUGUGCCAUCCCUGUGUCACUAUCCUCCUCUGAAGAAGUUGCUUUGUUAUUUGGAUACUGAAGCAAUGAUUUUCAGUCUUCCAUUAGGGGCAUGUGAAAGUGUGUAUCGUUGUAACCUUCUGUGACAAGGGGGCAUCAAGGUGAAAAUCCUCAUUCAUGUGCUGCUGAAAGAAUCGAUUGCAUUAUAAGCUUGGGAGUUCCAUAUUGUCAAAUAGAUUUAAUUCUACUGUCUUUUCUACAUGUUAAUGUCUCGACAUAGUUCUUAAAAUGUUAGCCAUUUUAAAAAUUAAACUUUGCACACACAUCUCCAGGCAUGUUCAGGCAUUUGAAUCGAUCUGCAAACCCAACCCCAGCCAGUAUCCUGGUUUAUGUUGCCACAUUGAUUUAGUCCCUUUCCUGUGCUCAGCGGGGGAGUUCAACAAAAAUCUUGGAUUUUCUUGAACAAGAGUAGAACUUUCUGCACAAUCACAGAUCUUAAUAAAGACCUUAUAAUCUCUCAAGGUGUUCUACUUGCUUUUAAUGAAAAGCAAGUAUAAGCCACUGCAGCCUCUCUCUUUUUUUGCUCUGUACAGUGAAGGCUUGAGAUUGAUUGACUGAGUGGGUACGGUAAUGUGCACUAGGAUGUGGGGUUGGGGCUUGUGUGCAUGCUUCUGUCCCCUGUCCACAGAUACCAUUUUUUGUGUUCUGGCAAAAAAAAUGCCCGAACAUAUGUCAUGAACAUGUCUCAUAUUUUCAGGUUUUGAAUUUGCUGCUUUUAUUCAGUUCUGCUGAGCAACUCAGAUGUGUGUGCAGUCUUGAACUUUGAAGUAAGUGUGUAUAUGUGUGUGUGUGUGUGUGUCAGAGGGAAGUUCAGAACAUUAUUUAUUAUGUUUAUAUCAAUGCAACUUCAAAGUGGCUGGAUUCAGCCCUCUGUAUGUGAUAAGGUAUGAAAUCUUAGAGGCAGCUAUUACAAAUUGAGGGGAGUAGUGCCUUUCACCAGUAGUGUACUACUGCCUUUCUCUCAUAGCUCUCAUCAGUUGACAGAUUUAGAGCCAUUAAAAUAUUGUGUGCAUCUAGUCUUACAACUUGAUCCUUAUUGUUAAAACAUGGCUUGUGAAUGCCAAAUUCUAGAAAGAUUUUCUUAAGAGACUGUUCUUAAGAAACAUUAUUUAAGCGUAAAAGGCCUUGUUAACAAGCAGAGCUUAAAACUGUGGCCAUCUUGCUUCACAACAAUCCAUGUUCUCUGUUUUCUUUAUUCUUUCCUCUGUACAGCAACAAAACCCUGGAAUGUGAGAUUACUAAUAAGAUUGCUUUCGUUUUUCAUAUUGAUUUUUCCUCGUAACUUGAACUUUUGAUAUUAUAAGUAACUCUAUUAAGUAGAUUUUACUAAGAAACACCUUUUGAAACUGCUUGUUUGUAACGUUGUAACUCAGCUUUUUGGGAGACAGAACUACAGAUGGAUUCUGAAUUUAUCUUGCUGCUAAUUAAUUUAAUGCAGUGUAGUUUCACUUUUCUAUAUUUUAUAAAUGUUUCAUAAAAGUUACUUGAAAUGACAGCUAACUUAGGCCUGACUCUUUUUAAUGUACAAGUUUGGAAAAAGGUUUGUACAUAUUAUUGCAUUGGAAUUAACUCCUGUAGAUUAUAAUUCUAUUUAAAGACUGGAAUUCAUUUCUAUAUAUAAUAUGUAUAAAUGUUUGUACCUGAUAUUUGUACCAAGUUCUUAAAUUUUUACCUGUUUUGUGGUAUAUAUAAUAAAAUAAACUUGAUUAUA